CCUCAUCAUUCGUUUGCCUUAAUAAAACCGAUUCUGCAAUAAAUAAAGCGAAAAAUAAAUAAAAUUUAAUUUCUCAGGUCAGGUUCGGCCGCAGGCCGCUCCGCCACUCAGAAAACUGCUCACAAAGUUCAGCUUAUCUUGGCCUAGAGGAUUCGGUUGGGAAUGCUGAAAGAUGCACUUUUCAGGCAUUGAGGAAUCAGGAAUAUCUGGUGUUAAUUAUAAUGAUUAUAUUGUUAAUUUGAUUGGGGAAAAACAUAUUAAUUUUGACGAAAUUGAUUGUAUAUUAGAUGUGUAUAAUGAUCGGAUUGAUAGUUAUUUAAGAAUGUGUUAUGAUUGUGAAGACGGUUGAGCAUGUUAAUUUGUGAAAGUAUAAUAAAGAAAUUGACAUUCGAGUGUUGUUGUAGAUUAAGUAGCAUUUGUCUAGUUGAAUUGUUGUAAAUUGAGGUUUGGUGUGGGGCGGGAUGGAUCAUAAACCAAGGGUGUUGACGGAGAGAUAUGAAAUUGGGAGAAUACUGGGGCAGGGAACCUUUGCCAAGGUUUAUCAUGGGAGAAGUAUUAGAACAAAUCAAAAUGUGGCAAUUAAAGUGAUAGAUAAGGAAAAGAUUAUUAGGGUUGGGCUUAUUGAUCAGAUUAAACGAGAAAUAUCCGUGAUGAAAAUUGUUAGACACCCUAAUGUUGUGCAGUUGUAUGAGGUUUUGGCCACCAAGACUAAGAUAUUUUUUGUGAUGGAAUAUGCUAAAAGCGGUGAAUUGUUUAACAAGGUGGCUAAAGGGAAGUUGAAGGAGGAUGUUGCAAGGAAAUAUUUUCAACAACUUAUCAAUGCAGUUGAUUUCCUUCACAGUAGAGGUGUCUAUCACCGGGAUAUAAAGCCAGAGAAUUUAUUAUUGGAUGAGAAUGAGAAUUUAAAGAUUUCUGAUUUUGGGUUAAGUGCACUUGCUGACUGCAAGCGUCAAGAUGGAUUACUCCACACAACUUGUGGCACUCCUGCUUAUGUUGCACCUGAAGUGAUUAACAGGAAAGGCUAUGAUGGUGAAAAGGCUGAUAUUUGGUCUUGUGGAGUGGUUCUGUAUGUCCUAUUGGCAGGUUAUCUCCCAUUUCACGACUCAAAUUUGAUGGAGGUGUAUAGGAAAAUUGGUAAGGCCGACUUCAAAUGCCCUCAUUGGUUUCCUCAGGAAGUACGAAGGCUGCUGUGCAAAAUAUUAGAUCCAAACCCCAGUACUAGGAUCUCAAUAUCAAAGAUUAGGGAGAGUUCUUGGUUCAGAAAAGGAUUGAACCCCAAACAGAACAAAAGUGAAUCAGAAAGCAAGGGUUUAGUUCUUCAAGAUGUGGCUACUUCUGGUACUCAAGAGAAUGGUAAUAUGGCUGCAGAGGUAAAGCAGGAGUUGCUCCAACUUCGCAACUUGAAUGCUUUCGAUAUUAUUUCUCUUUCUUCUGGGUUUGACCUGUCUGGGUUUUUUGAAGAAAAAUCUCAAAUGAGAGGAGCAAGAUUUACUUCCAAAAAACCUGCCUCAAUUAUUAUCUCUAAGCUGGUAGAAAUUACUAAAUUUCUGAGGCUGAAGGUGAUGAAGAAGGAUGGAGGUUUGUUGAAAUUGGAAGGACUAAAGGAAGGUAAGAAGGGAAUUUUGUCCAUUGAUGCUGAGAUAUUUCAGAUAACUCAAACUUUUCAUUUGGUGGAGAUGAGAAAAUCUAAUGGAGAUACUCUGGAAUAUCAGAAGAUGAUGGAAGAAGGUAUUAGGCCUGCUCUCCAAGACAUCAUUUGGGUUUGGCAGGGUGAGCACCAGCAGCAGCUACAACAGCAGUUAGAGCCGCAACAAAUGCAGCAGCAGCUAGAGCAACAACAACCACAGUCAGAGCAACAGCAACAACCACAAGACCAAUAGCAGUCGCAACUGUUGUAUUUUUUUAUUCUUCUCUUAUUGCCAGAUUCUCAUGUUAUCUUGUGUUUGUAUGUUUUCAGCUGAUUUCUGAACUUAUUGUUGCCCUUGUAAGUGUGAUGUCUUUAUCUCAAUGAAUUUAAUGUUUUUGUUGAUGUGA